GGACACACAGCUAUCCUUAGCCAAUCUCUUGGUGGACAUUGGCCGCUAUGAAGAAGGCGUACAGCUGCAUAGCAGUGUCAGGGACUACUGUCAAAGAAUGCUGGAUGAAAGAAAUGACCAAGAGACUUAUGAAGUACUUCAGCGUCUUCUUUCAGCGGUAUUGGUAUGGCUUACUUGUUACAAGGGAUGACAGAAAAGGCCUUUGAAGCUUACAAUAAAUCUGAGGAAUUAUUCAGAAAGUGGAAAAGACAGAGCGGUGUCUUAACCUGCAAGCAAAACUUGGGACUAUUGACCAUGAAUCAAGAGAAAUAUGAGGAGGCCAUUCAAAUAUAUGAAGACUGCAUGAAGGGCCUGGAGAAGAUCCACUUUGGAAGCACAUACCAUGAAUUGGGAAAUUUGAUGACCAAUAUUGCACUGUGUUACCGUCGUUUAAACAGACUGGAUGAUGCAGAGAAGAUGUAUUUCAGGUCCCUUGAAAUGAAAGCGGCAGCGGUUGGCUGGGAACAUACCUAUGUGGCUUUGGCUUAUGGCAACCUGGCAACGCUUGAGCUUUAUCGUGAAAAACCAAAUUACGAGAAGGCUUUGGAAUACAAUAUCAAAACCACUGAAAUAUAUAAGCUGAAUGAAAUAUCUGAGGAUGACUUCCAGUAUCGGAAGUUCCUGGAGAACCAGGCAAUGAUCCUGUAUCGGCUGGGAAGGCAUGAUGAGGGAGUAACGUUGUUCCUGCAUGUCCUUGAUAUCCUUGUCCGCAACAAAGCCGUCCAUCAGCGUAUCAAGACCGUCAGUAAUGAGAUCCUACAGUACCUAUUCAACAACAAGCGUUAUGUGGAGGCUGAGCAGGUCCUGCUUGUGCUCCUGGAGCAUGAUCCAGACCCGGUCUCCUACUUCAUCCUGGACUUCAUGGACAUCCUCCAGCCCCGGGAUCAGCCCCGGCCUCAACACCUGACCCUGGACCAUGGACUUACCAUCUGGCCUGGUGAUGCCACCUUGUGUCAGCAGAAAGCUGUGAAGCACCUGAUUCCAGCUGGCGCAACCGAGGAGUUGCUGCAGCUGCUUCCCACCAUGAUCAACGCUGACUACAACACGGCAGUGUACAAUGCUGCAGCAAAAUGGUGCACUGAUGCAGGUAGAGAUGAUAUGGCUGUGGAGGUGCUGGAAGCUGGACAUAAAGCAUACCCAGACCAUAUUGCCUAUGAGACUCAGUUGAUUGACUUGCUGAACAAGCUGAAGCGUUACCCUGAAAUCCUUGUGCACUCCAAGAAUGUUUUCGAGGUGGAGAAAAGACAAUCCCGGUCUGUUCUUGGUGUCCGGCUAUGCCAAUCUGAUGUGUGGCAACAUAGAUACUGCCAAGGAAAUGCUCAGCAAGGUUCUAUGCAUGAAUGAUGAACGUCUGGCUGCCAUGGCUAAGGACUUGUUGGAUAAGUUAUCCAAUAUGAUGGAACAGUCAUCUACUGAAGAAGACAGUAAGGCGAACACUGAAUAAGAGCUGAAGAUGGAUGAUAAGGAGAGUAUACAGAAAUGUCAGCUGAUUUUAGAGAGACUGAUAUCAAUAUGUUGAUAAUCAGAAACAGUCGCUAUGUAAUUUUCAUUAGGAGAGACUGGCGAAGACAAUUCAGAAAGUUCUUUGGAUAAGCCAUUAACUUCUGUCUUUGUUUUACAACAUGUUGUUUGUUUUGCUUAUUUAAGAAAUGCAUCAGAUAACAUCUGCCUUGCUGUUUCUAUCAAAUCUUGUGCACAAUCAAUUUUUUUAAGCCUUCUAAGCCUUCUUCAGAUUGAUUUUGCCAUACAUCUGUGAAGAACUGUAUCACCUGAAGCCGCCUCUCAAUCAAUUUAUCUUGCUUCACUGAAGGGGUCGCAGGCCAAAAGGAUAUUGAUACUAUUUUAGACUCAGAGAGGUAGAGUCAAUAAAAGAGUAUCAUAUGUACACAUCAUAGCAUAGGAAAUAAACAUGACAUCCUUGCCUGACUGAGGAAUUGCACAGAUAUUGAAGCAGUUGACCAGUAAUGUCCUUUGUAAGAAUGUAACGGACAAUUUACACAGAGAUGCCCUGUAUAGAAUGAAACGUCAUAAAUCCAGACAGGAGCAGUCACUGUCAUCCACCUUCAGAAGAGUCCAGAUUAUCAAGUUUUCAAUGGAGUAAUCACCCAUAAUGUGAGGUUUCCAUAUUACUAGAUCUGGCUGAGGUUUCACUGCUUGAAAUUUGACCUGGGAAUGUUAAACCAAGUCACCAAGGGGCAUGUGUCUUGAUGUACCAAACAUGUUUGUAUUUGGAGGGAUGAUUUAGGGGAAGGUUGUCCAAAAGUUGAUAAAUGCAUUCUGUGAUGUUUAUGUUUUAUUUUAACCUUGCUUUAAUUCAUACAUCUAUUAUCAGAUACACAUAUUAGUUAUGUUUAUGCUGUUAUUCAUUUUUAUGUUACUAUAGUGUAGAAGUAUUUUUAUACAAUCUUGCACUGUUGUGCCUUGACAUUUUUAUAUUUCUUAACUUCUUAUUUUACAUUAUGGUCAAUAAAUCUUUGUAUUACGCAAGAACUGAUUUGCAAGUUCUGUUUUGUUUGGACAUGACAACAAACAGGGUUAGAUUUUAUUUGAAAGUUUGAACUCAAAACAUUUUUACCAUGUGAAAGUUGAAAUUAGAUAAUGAUUGUGCCCACCAAUGGUGAGUUAAUAAUCUUAAAUCUUCUGUUUUUAGAAGUUUUUCCAGUACUCUAAAACAAUAUAUCUAACAAAAUAUAUUGCUUUGGAAAAGGAAUAGAAUUACCUUUUAUCAGUUUGUUUUGAUGGAUUACAACAUCCAUGCUGUAUUUUUAUCCCCUCUGCAUGUAGUGCGGGGGAUAUAGUCAACGCCUUGUUCGUCCGUCCGGUUUGGUAGAUAUAUCAAACAGAACCUGAAGUGGUGCUCUUGCUAUUUACAGAUUUAUGUCAUUUGUAUUGUCCCCUGCCGUGCGUUUAGCGAAGCAGGGGAUAUAGUAUUAGGCUCCUUCCAUAUACAUACGUCCAUACGUCUGUAUUCGA